CGCUGCCCCGGGGUGCAGCUGAGAGCGGCGCUCACCCACCAUUAUGGAAGACGACGGGCAGCCCAGGACCCUCUAUGUAGGCAACCUCUCCAGAGAUGUGACUGAAGUUCUUAUACUUCAGUUAUUCAGCCAGAUUGGACCAUGCAAAAGCUGUAAAAUGAUAACAGAGCAACCCGAUAGCAGAAGGGUCAACUCUUCUGUUGGAUUUUCUGUUUUGCAGCAUACAAGCAAUGACCCUUAUUGCUUUGUGGAAUUUUAUGAACACAGAGAUGCAGCUGCUGCAUUAGCUGCUAUGAAUGGGAGAAAAAUUUUGGGAAAGGAGGUCAAAGUAAACUGGGCAACAACACCAAGUAGCCAGAAAAAAGAUACAUCCAAUCACUUCCAUGUGUUCGUUGGCGAUUUAAGUCCAGAAAUAACAACAGAAGACAUCAAGUCAGCAUUUGCUCCUUUCGGUAAAAUAUCGGACGCACGGGUAGUUAAAGAUAUGGCAACUGGAAAGUCAAAAGGCUAUGGUUUUGUAUCUUUUUAUAACAAACUGGAUGCAGAAAAUGCUAUUGUACACAUGGGAGGUCAGUGGUUGGGCGGCCGUCAAAUCAGAACUAACUGGGCGACGCGGAAACCACCAGCCCCCAAAAGUACACAAGAAAAUAAUACAAAACAAUUGAGAUUUGAAGAUGUAGUAAAUCAGUCAAGUCCAAAAAACUGUACUGUGUACUGUGGAGGAAUUGCAUCAGGGCUAACAGAUCAACUUAUGAGACAGACUUUUUCACCAUUUGGACAGAUUAUGGAAAUAAGAGUGUUCCCAGAAAAAGGUUACUCAUUUGUCAGAUUUUCAACCCAUGAAAGUGCAGCACAUGCUAUUGUUUCAGUUAAUGGAACCACAAUUGAAGGACAUGUUGUUAAAUGUUAUUGGGGUAAAGAAUCUCCUGAUAUGACUAAAAACUUCCAACAGGUGGAUUACAGUCAGUGGGGGCAAUGGAGCCAAGUAUAUGGAAAUCCACAACAGUAUGGGCAAUAUAUGGCUAAUGGAUGGCAAGUACCAUCGUAUGGAAUGUAUGGCCAGGCAUGGAAUCAGCAGGGUUUUGGAGUAGACCAAUCUCCAUCUGCCGCCUGGAUGGGUGGAUUUGGUGCUCAACCUGCCCAGGGACAAGGUGCUCCUGUAAUACCUAACCAAGCUGGAUAUGGUAUGGCAAGCUACCAAACACAGUGAGCUGGGACUCUGUUUAAGAAGUGUGUAUUUCAUGAUAGGCUGCAGUUUCCAGUGACAUUCUGAAGACUGGAAUGUAGACAAUGGAGAGGAGGAAAAAAAAAAAAAAAGAAAAUAUUUAUUUUAAAAAUGGAAAUGUUUGGAACCUUUAGCACAGCUUUGCUUUGGUGAAGGACACAAAUGUCUUCUAGUUCUGCCUUUUUAAGUUUUUGUUCAUGAUGGAUAUGAACAUGUUUUUCUUUGUGUACAAAAAUGAAAAAUAAAGUCAAUAAAGACAAUUCUGACUACAAAUUUUGAUAUAGUAGGAGAAAUGGCUAAUGAAUUUGAUCUCUAGGUUACCAUUCCAUUCUAUAUUAUUUUAUUUUAUUUGGUCUGUCCUCAGUGUUUUAUAUCACUGUGCUUUUUAAGAGAAGUGACAUUGAACAACAGCGAGUUGUUUUUAGUUGGACACACAUCCUGAAAGUAAACUGUGGACCAAUCAGUACAACCUUGCUAGACAGUAUUGGCUUUUCAAGGAAC